UCAGUGCUACGGAAGCGCCAUCGUGUUGUUGGUCGCACUGCGAGCGAGCGAGCAGGCCGGCCGGCGGUCUAUAAAGUUGGCUUUAAGACGUCUGGGUGUCUUCUGUUUCUCAAAGGCAGCUGCUCUUUGUUGGUGACUUUUUCUAUUGAUCAAGCUCAGCAUGGCUGUGGUCAUCCGCUUGCAGGGGCUCCCAGUUUCUGCAGGAACCUUGGAUAUUCGUCACUUCUUCUCUAGAUUAACCAUUCCUGAUGGAGGGGUGCAUAUUAUUGGUGGUGAACUGGGAGAGGCAUUCAUUGUAUUUGCCACGGAUGAAGAUGCUCGGCUUGCUUUGAUGAGGUCGGGUGAAAUUCUCAAAGGGAGCAGAGUAAAGCUAACACUAAGUAGCAGAAAUGAAAUGCAGAAUAUAAUUGAAAUGAGUCGUAAGCGAUAUACACGCACCGGUGAAAUGUCCAAUUCUGGAAGGUCGGGAUCGAACAAUACAGGCACAAGCAGGUUAGGUAAUAUAUCUUCCACACUAGCUGCGAACUUAGUUUCAGCUAUGCAGCAAGGAAUCAAUAGGGGUUCAUUUCAUCCCAGUGAAAUUGGAAAUUCCGAUAUGGACAAUUAUGGCUCUCGCACGGAUCCCAUGAUGAGUGGUAGCAUGUCCACCGUGGCAUUAUCUUCUCCACAGAAUCUUCCAGUUGGUGCUGCUCACUCUAUGUCUACAUUAUUUGGAAUGAUUUCCAGAGGAAUGGGUAGUAGUUCAGACAAAUUUAAUGGCUCUGGUUCAAUGGAUCCCUCUGCUGAUUCAAUUUACAAUCAAAUAAGAGAACCAAGAGCAUCUUUUAAUUCUGAUAAUGUUUACUUGCGUCUGCAAGGUAUGCCCUAUUCUGUAAAAGAGCAGCAAGUAAGAGAAUUCUUCCAUGGUUUACAAGUUGAAUCAGUUCGUAUAAUGAAGGAUUAUUGGGGUCUGAAAAAUGGAGAGGGUUUUGUUCGAUUUGCCAGUGCUUGGGAUGCAGCAGAAGGAUUAAAACGUCACAAAAACUACAUGGGGCAAAGAUUUGUGCAGGUCUUUCGAGCUACAGAGUUGGAAUGGAUUUCUGGGGGAAAUGAUUUAUUUGUAGAAGAUAGUCAUUCUGAUAUAAACCAAGGAAAUCGAGGUCGCUCCCCUCCUCGUGAAGAAAAAUAUUUCCAUUCCCGAAGACGAUCAAGAUCACCACGAAGACGCAGAUCACGAUCUCGUUCUCCUUAUGAUCAAGAUUAUUAUGUGCAGCUAAAAAAUAUGCCCUAUGGCAUCUCAAAAAAAGAUGUGCGAAAUUUCUUUGACGAGUUGAACAUAGCUGAUGAUCAGAUUUAUCUUGUAUAUGACUUUGAGGGUAAAAGUACAAAGGAAGGCUUUGUGAAGUUUAAAAAUGCUGUUGAGCAUCGGAAAGCUCUCAGGUAUCAUAAAGUAUGCAUUAGAAACCGUGCAGUUUAUGUUUAUCCCAUCGCUAAAAAAGCCAUGUUGGAGUUGAUAGACAAUGUUAAGAAGCAAAGAUCAAGAGAAAGAUCAGCUUAUAAAAUCGAAGAUAAAAGGUACCAGUCAAGAGAAGAAGCUCAUACCUCAUCAAGAUUGUACAUUUAUGCCCGUAACCUUCCUUUUGAUGUCUCCAAAUCUGAGAUACGUAAUUUUUUUGAAGGUUUUGGUGUGGCUGAUUAUGGAAUCCAUGUACUUGUUGAUAGUAAUGGCAUUGGAUUAGGGGAGGCUGUGGUCAAGUUCAAGUCUGAGGAUGAAGUACUAAGGGCUGAGUGCUUAUAUGGUAAAAAGCUUGGAGGAAGAGAAGUUUUGCUAAAGCCAAUUUCUUCAGAAGAGAUGCUUGAACUUGGUGUUGGUUCUGUGCAUGAAAGAACCAAAGGCCAGAAGGAGCGGGACUAUUUUGGUUCUUAUAGUAGUGGUGGUGAUCACUCAUUGUCUGUUGAUGUGCAUGAAUUAGCUGAACCUUUCUUUGAACCUUCCAGUGGUUUGGGUUCUGUGCCCUCCAUGCAAAGACCAAGAUACAGCCAAGAGGAAGGAUUUUAUGGAGGGUUUGACACAGGAAAUGGCACUUUUGGAGGCAACACAAGAGGUGGAUUUGGAUCUGGAUUUGAUUCAGGAUAUCGAGGUAAUAUGGGAAUGUCCAGUGGCAAUGCUGUUGUGAAGGCUUUUAACCUCCCUUUCAAAAUCUCGGUUGAUGAAAUCCUGGAUUUCUUCUAUGGCUAUCGUGUUAUUCCAGAUUCUGUCACCGUGCGGUACAAUGAUAAGGGUUUACCAGCUGGUGAUGCUGUUAUUGCAUUUGAAACAGUUGAUGAAGCAAUGGCUGCUGUUCGAGAACUGAAUGAGAAGCCAAUUGGAAAAAGGAAUGUCAAACUAAGCUUGCUAUAAGUUCAGUGGAACCUGCCUUUUGGUUUUUAAUGGACAAAUUUUAGGUCCUCUGAAAUAAAAUGCAGAUGCUGUCUGGCCGCUGGUUCCACUGAAAGAAAAACUCAAUUGAGUUGCUAUCAUUUGUGACUUUCAGGCAAACACAAUUCAUGUUGAAGUUGGUCCUUGUUUUAAGUGUUACCAGAAAGUAGCUGGCUCUGGUUUACUACUUUGGGUAUAUUAUAUUUUGUCUUGAUUCGAUUGAUAUAGUUUACAAGAUUAUAUUCUAAUGUUGUUCAGUUCCCUUGAUGGGGUUUGAAAGUUAAAUGCUGUUGUCAUAUAGAUGGUUUGGAAGUAAACGUGAGUAGUUUAGCUUGCAGAAAUUCUGUAUCAGUUUUAUUUUUCACUGUAAAAGGAUGAUUGAGUGAAAUCUUUUAAACUACUCCAUCCUGAAUAAUAUUGUGUAACUUUUUUUAAACCUUCAAUUUUUGUUUUAUUGCUUACCCCAGUUUUAUUUAAAAAGGGUAGUAGUCCUGAGGUGGACCUGUGCUGACCAAAUUUUGCUCCAACCAUGUCAUUCACAUGGAUGUGAUUCAAUAAUUGGCUUGAAAGCAUCUAUGCAUAGUGUCAAUCAGCAAAAUCCAGGUCAGCUGGUAUAAAAAUUACUAAUUAGAUCACAGGAAAAUUAGUUUUAAUCUGAAACCACUACAAAAAAUAACAUUCUAUUUCCCCCUUGUAUAUUGAAGGAAUAUAUAAAUGACUUGCGAUUUUUGAAUAAGAUGUAGCUUAUUGGGCAAACCUAUGAGUGGAUAUUUUAUUCAAUCUCUUGCCAAAUAAGGGUAUUCUUAUUACUGAAGAAAUUAUGAAAAGAGGUCGCUAAAUAUUUCCAUUUGUUUAGCAGCAUAGGAAGUUACUUAAAAAUGUUUGUUUAAGGUUCUGGAGUAUGGUGCAGUUCCAUACCUAAAAAUAUUAAUUCAUACAUGUUUCAGAGUUAUUCUCUCCAAUUGUACGGAUUUGUACAUCUUGAUCCUUGUCAAGAAAGACAGCAGGAAUUUAAUUUUUGCAUUUGUAGGUCUGUUAAGUUUUAAUUAAAAAUCUUGAAUAUCUGAAUGGAUUCGUGUUUACUCAAAAAAAACAUUUAUUGUAUUGUUUCUGGUUAAGGCAGCUAUUUACAAAGUAAGUUUUUUUUUCCUUGUGAUUUUUAAAAAAAAUUUCAAUGAUAUUAUUUACCAUUUUAAUUUUUUGUUUUGAAGAUCCUGCAAAAGAUGCCUUUUUUAAUCUGCAACUUAUUCUGCACAUUUUUUUUCUAUCAACUUCAUUGAACACCAAAUGGAUCAGUUAAUAUGUGGUAUGCAUUUUCUGGUAGGUUUGAAUAAAACAAGUUCUUUUGAAGCACCUUUUUGAGAUUUCGAUCAAAUAUGAAGUGAGCCAACAGGCAUUUCUUGCUAGGCUAGAAUUCAUGUUCUUAAUGGCUUCUAUUCAAGUUAUGGAGCACAACAUCACAUUAAUUCCUAAUUACUGUGUUUUUUCUAAAAAUGUGACACCAACAGUAAAAACUAGGUGGAAAAUUAAUGGCUGUACAUCUCUCUGAUAGUGGUAUUUUCACCAAUGAUUGAUGUUGGUGCAAAUGCAGCAAGAUAAAUUCAGAUAUAGUUUAAAUGAAUGCUUGCAUCUUCCUGUUAAGUAAUGUAAAAAUAAUAGGUGAUGCUUGUACUUUUUAAUGUAAAUUAUCAGCAAAAGUGCAAUGUUUUCUCAAAGCAGCUAUCUGUUUGCUCCAGAGAGUGUGAGUGAAUGGCAAACGAACAAUUUUGAGAUACAUGUGGCCUCUAUUUCAUAACUUUUUUUAAAUAAAUUUUGUUUUCUGUUCAGUAAUCUUUUGGAAUUGCUCUUCCUGGCAAUGCUGGCAUUUAUUACUGAUCCCAAAUUGCCGAUUGAGAAGAUGGUGGUGAGCUACUUUCAGCAAAUCACUGCAAUAAGAUAUUCCUGCACCAUUAUGAUGGUAGUUUCACGAUUUUGAUAGUAAAUAAUGACUUGUGUUCAAGUUGGCAUGAUGGAGGAAAUAUUGGAGUUGAAGUUCCCUGUUUGUGGAAAUUGAUAUUGUUGGUCUUUUUAAUUGCUGUGUGCAUUCUGUAUUUUGGAUUCAUUGCAAUCAUUUUAUGCCACUAGUGUAGAAGAUGUUUGUUUGAAAUGGCAAAUGCAUUGCUAAUCAGGCAGAUUAGAUCUUGUCAGGUCUAGAGUUCUGUUGCAUCUGAACCCAUGUGGGUAAGUGGACCAUCAAUUUCUGACUUGUACUUUGGGAAAUCAAGAAUUGAGCCACUAACAGUUUGCUUGUGGCCUUUUCCACUACAGCAUUUAUGUAACUGAUCCUACAGAAUUUCUAGUAACCAAAGGAUGGUGUGGGGAAUAUCAGUGUUGAAGCCUUUGAAUGUGAAUGAGGUGGUUAAGGUAUGGUUGUGCCUGGCACUUUUGUGGUCAUCCCAAGCCUGCCCUGGAUAUUUUCCACAUCUUUAUGCAUGUUGGCGUAAACCAGUUCAUGAUCUGAGCAGCUGAAAAUGAAAUCAAAUGCUCCAGUUGCCAGCAGACAACUUCACUUCUCACCUUUUAAUGAUGGAGGGGUGAUCGCUAAUAUAGCAAAUGUUUGGGCCCAUGGCUUUGCCAUGACCAUCUCCUGGAGUAGUUCCUAGUGUUGUGAUGCUCACCUUCAAACAACUACUCUUCUUUAUAUAAGAUACCAGCCACCUUUACAAGUUUUCCCCAAUAACAUUGUAUUCACUUAAAGGCCAAGUGUGACAUCAAAGAACCAUAAUCAAAUGAAGCUAAUCACUUUAAGUUUGCUUCAGAAAUUUUGUUCUUGCAUUUGUAUUUUGACUAAAAUUCUAAUGUGGUUUCAAGUUUAGUUGUCUUGGCAGAACCUAAGUUGUGAUUGGUGGGCAGGUUAUUGGUGGGUAGAUUUGGCCUUGAACUAUUUCCAUCCCUUUUUUCCAAAAUGGGAGUAAACUGAUGUGAUUGACUGCAUUAAAUGCAACUUUUGUGGCCAGGCUUAAGGAACAUGAGGAAUGUUCACACUGAAAGGUGAACAUUGGUGUUAAUGCUUUAUUAAAGUUUAGCUGGGAGUUCAGCUAGUUCUGAAGAACAUGUCUUCAAUACUUAAAGCUGGAAUGUUGUCAGGACUUUGGCUGCUGAGAUGAUAGAAGUUAAGAGUGAUCUUGCGGUUGUCAUUUCUGGUGGAUGAUGUUGUUGUUGAUUGGCUUCUAUGAGAAUUCUAAUCCACUUGAUUGAUAUUUCUUGUAGAUGGUGUUGCAAAUACCAGUUAUGAUUUGAGUUUGCAUGUGUGGUCAUGGAUGAACAGUAUCUCUCCAUUUUGUUUUGUACAUGUGUCCACUGCUUGGUCACAUGGAGCAGAGUUGCAGAACUUGGACCCAAUCUUCACUUCAGUGUUUUAUUUUCAAGUUUGCCUAAUGUUGCUUUUGGUAUGCUCUUCUAUAUUCUUAAUUGAAAUGGAUUUGUCCACCUGUUUUGCUAUGUAAG